AUGUACCUCGCAAAUAACACAAGAACUGACAUUGCAUUUGCAGUUCAUGUACUAGCGAGAUACAGUUCGAAUCCAACACGUAGACACUGGAAUGGUGUAAAACAUAUAUUUCGGUAUAUUUGUGGGACACAAGACUUAGGUCUUUUCUAUCAAAAGGAUCAAAAGUCCCAACUUGUUGGGUAUGCUGAUGCCGGAUAUCUAUCAGAUCCUCACAAAGCAAAAUCUCAGACAGGUUAUGUUUUCACAUACGGUGGCACAGCAAUUUCUUGGAAGUCGACUAAGCAAACACUUACAACAACAUCAUCAAAUCAUGCCAAAUUGAUAGCAUUGUAUGAUGCUGGUCGAGAAUGCGUGUGGUUGAGAUCAAUGAUCAAUCAUAUACAAGAAGCAUGCGGACUAGAACAAAUCAAGAAAGACCCGAUGAUUAUUUAUGAAGACAACGCUGCUUGCAUAGCUCAAAUAAGAGAAGGCUACAUUAAAGGCAAUAGAACAAAGCACAUCUCACCAAAGUUCUUCUCAACAUAUGACUUACAAAAGGAAGGGGAAAUCGAUGUUCGUCAGAUCAAGUCAAUUGAAAAUCUAGCAGACCUGUUCACAAAGUCGUUACUUAGAAGCAGUUUCGAGCACUUAUCACAUGAGAUCGGGCUUCGUAGAUUAAAAGACGUUAGUUAA